AACUGACCCACAGAGCUUCAGAGUGCACGUUGCUUAGGGAACGAGUACGCAUUGGUUCUAGAAUAGAUAGGCCACUGAAUUAACGUGGGCAGCCAUGAUUAGGGUGUCGUUGGCGAUCGCAUUGGUAGCCACAGUGAGCGGUGGCACAACACCGUAUUCUUUGAAUCCAUUCUCGGAUGAAAUCAUCGACUUCAUCAACGAGCUCAACACCACGUGGAAGGCUGGCAGAAACUUCCACAAGAACAUUACAAUUCCGUACUUCGAGGCUCUUCUCGGGCUACUUUACGAAGCGGAGAACGACACGAUGCUCGUCAAGACACAUGACCUUUCUCUGGAGCUGCCGGAGUUCUUCGACGCUCGGAAGCACUGGCCCACCUGUACGACGAUUGGUCUCAUUCGCGACCAGAGUGUAUGUGGAUCGUGUUGGGCAUUCGGAGCAGUGGAACCCAUCUCCGAUCGCAUAUGCAUACACAGCGAGGGCCAAGUCAAGGUGAACAUAUCAGCGCUGGACCUCCUGUCAUGCUGCAAGAACUGCGGCUACGGGUGUCAUGGUGGGUACUUGAGCUUCGCGUGGCAGUACUACCAAGAUAACGGCAUCGUGACCGGUGGGCUGUACGGAACUGACGACGGUUGCAAGCCGUACCCUUUCAAGCGCUGCGAGCACAGCGAGCCGGGACCGCGGCCCGAGUGUCCGACGGACCCGCCGACGCCCCAGUGCGUGUAUCGCUGUCGAUCAGGGUACGAGCGCGACUACGCAGACGACAAGUACUACGCGGAGACUGUCUACCACGUCCAAAAGGACGAAAGUCAUAUCAAGGCCGAGAUCUUCAAGCAUGGACCCGUCUCGGCAGGCAUGGAUGUUUACACCGAUUUCUUCCACUAUAAAAAUGGUGUUUACCAGCACGCAGUCUCCGGUGCCAGCAAGGUUGGAAUGCACGCCGUGAAAAUUCUGGGCUGGGGUUCUGAAGGUGGUGUUCCCUACUGGUUAGUGGCCAACUCUUGGAACACCGACUGGGGCGACAAUGGCUUCUUCAAGAUUCUUCGUGGAAGCAGUGAAUGUGGCAUUGAAGAGAUGGUCUUCGCCGGAAUCCCCAAUCUCUUCAUUCUCGCGUAUAAGAAGACGAAUGCAGGGCACAACAUCUUCCACUGGUCCCCACCAGCGGAAUCUCAGAGUAUGUGGAAGCCUAUGCUUGCGUGCGUAGUGCUUGUGGCUGCCGUCCACGGUCGCCGUUUCUAUCCAGUCAAUUUCAGGCAUGUCUCUGACGGCAUGGUGUCCUUCAUCAACAAGCUCAACACCACGUGGAAGGCUGGAAGAAACUUCAACAGGAACAUCUCGCCAAUGUUCCUGCGAGGGCUCCUGGGUGUCCAUCCCGACAACCGGCUUCACAGGCUGCCUGCUCUUCACCACGCUGAGAUUCCAGAGGACCUGCCGGAAUCCUUCGACGCUCGCGAAAAAUGGCCGCAGUGCACAAGCAUCGGACUCAUCCGGGAUCAGUCAAGUUGCGGAUCUUGCUGGGCAUUUGGAGCCGUUGAAGCCAUAUCUGACCGCAUCUGUAUCCACAGCCAGGGAAAGGUGCAAGUGAACAUCUCUGCCCAGGACAUCCUGACGUGUUGCCCCAGUUGCGGUCGUGGCUGCCUAGGAGGUUUUCCUUCAUCGGCGUGGCAGUUCUACAGGGACCGGGGUAUCGUCACAGGAGGCCUGCAUGACACCGAUGAUGGCUGCUUGCCGUACCACUUCCCGCCUUGCGAGCAUCACACCGUCGGACCGCUGCCCAACUGCAGCGAAGACAUCUCACCGACGCCUCGCUGUGUGCACACCUGCCGCGAGGGAUACGAUACGGACUACAGCAAUGACAAGUACAAGGGUGAGAAAGUGUACUCAAUAGAGGCGGACGAGACGCAAAUCAAGACCGACAUAUUCAAGAACGGUCCCGUAGAAGCGGACUUCGAUGUCUAUUCCGACUUCUUCUCUUACAAGAGUGGUGUUUAUCAGAGACUCAGCAGCGAGUAUCUGAGCGGACAUGCAGUCAAAAUCAUAGGGUGGGGCACAGAAAAUGGCAUACCCUACUGGCUUGCAGCAAACUCAUGGAAUCCCAACUGGGGCGACAAAGGAUACUUCAAAAUUCUUCGUGGAACCAAUGAAUGCGGCAUAGAGAACGACAUCAAUGCUGGAAUCCCCAAGCUAAACUUCGAAUGACUGAUAAAUUUUAGACAGAAAAUGAA